UGACUCAUGACUAAAUUAGCACACAGUAAAAUAUAAUAACACACUUCCAAAACAUAAUUGGGUAAUUGCAUUUGCAAUUGCAUUUUGAAUUUUUGAUAGUCUAUCACACAAAACAACAUCCCAUUUCCACUCUACUAGUAAAUUACAAGCUUCUGGAAAUCUCUUAGUCUUCUGAUAAUCUCUUUCUCGGCGCUCUCCAUUUAAUUUCAUUUCCAAAUCCCUAUUUUUUUCAAGCUCACAAAAAUGGCUGUUUUUCUUUCAAGCAUUCCUUCUUUUUUUCACCCUUCAUCUUCAUAUGCUAAGCUACCUUCAUUAUCCCACAAAUCUCUAAUCUUCCCUCUCAAGCCUACUCUCAAAAAUUAUUCUCUUCUCCUUAAUCGCCAUGGUUUUAGGUGCUGUGUUUCUUCCCAAGAAGACUCAACGGACACUGUGGAUGAGAGAAGGAUAUAUGAGGAAGAUGUGGAAGCGGCGGAGAUAGGUGAUAAGAAGGUAUGGGAAAGUGUGGUAAAUCUUACUAAAUUCUACAAGGAAGCUGUUUUAGCUGGGGAUUACCACACUAUUGCUGAAAUAGAGACGGCAUUUUGCAAACUAGAAACUGAAAAGAAUGAGUUGGUCCAGAAAUUAGCCACAAUGACAGAAGAGAUCUCUUCUGGAAAGGAGAAAUAUAUCCGCCUACAAGCUGAUUUUGAUAACUUUAGAAAGAGAUACGAAAAGGAGAGACUUUCGGUUCAAAACAACGCGAAGGGGGAGGUUAUUGAAAGUUUUCUUCCAAUGGUGGACAAUUUUGAGAGAGCAAAGCAGCAGAUCAAACCUGAAACUGACAGGGAAAAACAGAUUGAUACAAGUUAUCAGGGCAUAUACAAGCAGUUUGUAGAGGUCAUGAGGAGUUUACGGGUAGCUGCCAUAGCGACUGUGGGGAAGCCUUUUGAUCCAUCUUUGCAUGAGGCAAUAGCAAGAGGGGAGUCUGAAGAGUUCAAGGAAGGAAUUGUAAUCCAAGAAUUUAGGCGUGGUUUUCUGCUCGGUGAUCGGCUUUUGAGACCCGCAAUGGUUAAAGUUUCUUCUGGUCCUGGUAAGAAGAAAGAUACUGAUGCGCAACCCGCUACUGCUGCUGUUGUGGAUGAACAUUAAUGCACAAUGCCUGACCAGGUGCGAGAAAUUUUUAUACAACCCAAAUGUUAUACUUCAAGACGAUGUCGUUCAUCACCUUGAUUGAUGCCUUAUGGUUUCUACUGAUUAAGGUGACAUUGUUUUAUUAUGAGUUCAUGAUUGUUGAUAGAAAAGAGAAAAGGUUACAAAGGGACGGGACAAUGGUUAUGUUACGGUCUUGUUGCUUUCACUACUGGAGGGAUUAUAGGGAGAACAAUCUAACAUCUAUCGAAAAUGUUGUAAUCUAAUUCUUUUUGGAGGACUCAUUGAUGUAAACUGAAAUUAUAUAUAUAUAUAUAUAUAUA